UUUAUAGCCAUCUUGACAGCUGUGUCACACAGACGUGUGGUUGGGCGAAUCAACAAGAAGGGAACAGACUUUGCUUUUGUUUAUUUAAGUUUUACUGCAAAAAGUGCCUUAUUUUUCUUAAUAGCAAACACCUACCGCGCACAUUGCUACCGAGUGCCUCAACAAAACUGCUGCUACAUUGGCCAGAAAGGUGGCGUUCCGUUUGAUAAACUGCAAACCCAUCCCAGGUGCCGAGUGAGGUGGAGAAUUAUUAUCAGCAACCGAACUCACCGAUAAGAAUGGCAACCAGUGGCGGCAUUACGGGUGGACCCUUUACCACCACACCCCCUAGUACAGCGAACCCUUCGGCAGUGGUGGGUCCGCAAAAAAAUGUACAAUUCUUAACGACUGCAACGGCAUCACCAUCGAUGGCAAACAGAACGGUGUACGAUAGCAGUUCUACACCGCAGCAACGACCUGCAGUACCGUUUGAACAUUCGACCAGUUCCCAUGGUGUGACGGCACGCAACGAGAACGCCGACAUUAUUGCGCAAAAAUCACCCGGAACGUAUCAGAAUCUGCCGACUACCGUACCGGCAACACCGACGACACCGGGCAGAAGAAUGGAAUCUUGGGAACAAUUUGGCAGGUCUAACGUGCAAACGGUGGCAGCCGGCGGCGGCGUGACCACCAACAACAUGUCGCUUGGCACCAUGCACUGCACCCGGUGCGAUGAAGGCUUUGAGCCACACGAACGUAUCGUCAACUCGAACGGGCAGCUCUGGCAUACGCAGUGCUUUGUGUGCGCCCAAUGUUUCCGCCAGUUUCAGGACGGUAUAUUCUACGAGUUCGAGGGUCGCAAAUACUGCGAGAAGGAUUUCCACAUCCUGUUUGCGCCGUGCUGCAACAAGUGCAACAACUUUGUAAUUGGACGCGUCAUCAAAGCGAUGGCCGCGAACUGGCAUCCGCAGUGUUUCACUUGCGAACGGUGCAGCAUACCGCUGGCCGAUUCGGGCUUCAUACGCAAUCAGAAUCGGGCCCUCUGUCACGAUUGUAAUCGCAAGGAGAAGGAGGUCGGCCUCGGCAAGCUGGUUUGCAACAAGUGCCAUGGCAUUAUUGAUGAUGCACCAUUGCGCUUCCGAGGUGAAGUUUACCAUGGGUAUCAUUUCAACUGUACGGCUUGCGGUGCCGAACUGGACUCGUCCGCACGGGAGGUGAAGAAUCGCAGCGGUUACGCGGCCAAUGACAUGAACGAGUUGUACUGUUUGCGGUGUCACGAUCGUAUGGGCAUUCCGAUUUGUGGUGCCUGUCGGCGUCCGAUCGAGGAACGAGUUGUGACCGCACUGGGAAAACACUGGCACGUAGAGCACUUUGUUUGUGCCAAAUGUGAAAAACCGUUCCUUGGUCAUCGACACUACGAGAAGCGCGGCAUGGCCUACUGUGAGACGCACUACCAUCAGCUGUUCGGGAAUUUGUGCUUUGUCUGCAAUCAAGUCAUCGCUGGCGAUGUUUUUACCGCCUUGAACAAGGCCUGGUGCGUUCAUCACUUCUCCUGUUCAAUCUGCGACCAGAAGCUGGAUCAAAAGUCUAAAUUCUUCGAGUACGACGAGAAACCAGUGUGCAAGAAAUGUUACGAACGGUUCCCGAACGAGCUGCGCCGGCGUUUGCGUAUUUCGCAUGAAAAUACUAUCAAAAAGCCCGUUCCAUAGGCCAUAUAAUAUCCUUCUAAUCCGGAACGAAUAAUUACCCGUGUGUGCCAAUAGGAAAAAGGAGGAAAAUCAAAAGAGAAUGAAACGAAAAAUUAAUUUCAUAACAAAAGCAAACAAAAAUAGGACCUUUUUUAACAAUUAGCGUUUUGUUUACCGUUUGGUAGGAAACCACGAAAGUGUUCUACACACGCUACUUAGCACUAACUGAUGAAGUGUAACGCAUAGUGCCUUUUCAUUGUGUAACAAACAGACAAGGAAGAAUGUUUUUAUUAUCUCUCUUGAUCAAAUCUAUAUAACAAAUGAUGGAUCUUUUUAUAGUGUUCUCUAUGUAGACGUUUUUUAAAAGGAAUUUUAGUCAGAGUAAAACCUUAAUUUAGAUUGUGCAAUCACGUGACAUUAACUCUUCUGAACAUGUAUUUUGUGCAACAUGUAUUGGUGCUCGAAUGACCAAAACGAAUUCUACACAUGCACACGUAACAAUUGUCAUUGUUUUAGUAUUUUAUCGUCCUUACUUAUUUAAAUUUACAAACUUGGCGUUAUGUCAAACAGAUUAGUGUACGCGGUUGAGAGGACCGCGACUAACGCAAGCUAACGGAGCGCGAGCUAGCGAAUAUGAGCAUUUGAGUAAAACAAUAAUUUAUGAGCUUUUGUGGAAUGCAUCAUUUAGCGCACAUGUCGCUAGAGCUAGAGCUCGCGGUAGCAGUUUUGUUCUAUAUUGUAUGUGUGUUGUUUAAUGCGUAAAACUAAAAAUAAAUAUACUAUUAACAAACAAA